AUGUCUCGUCCUGAAACAGAUCUCCUGGACUCCUUGUCUGCUGAACUAUCUCAGCAGCUGAAGGAUCGCGUAGAUCGAGCUUUGCUCGAGUUUAUACGACCGAAUUAUGAGUCCCAGUUUGCGCAGGCUGCUCCUGAGUUGGUCAAAUUUCGUAAGGCUAUCGCGCAGGGCGACCUGAAAGACGAUCUAGAAUUCCUGCGCAGCUUCCGAGAAUUCGUCCCUACCACAAACUACGAACCUUACCGGCCGUUCAUAGCGAAGUUUUUUGCGACCCCUUGCAAGGAAAAUGACGUCAAGAACAUGUUCGCCCCAGGACUGCCCUACUUCCUCGCCAUGUCCAGCAUGACAUCCGGAAAACCAGCGAAGAUAUUCCCAAAAUAUCGCCCGCCCCCUUACCUGUUGCACCAUCCUCUAUAUCUGGCGCUUCCUCCGUCAGAGGGGAUUACCUUAUCACCGGCGUCUCUGAAGUAUUCGCAAAUCUUACAAAUAGAUGGCGAAGACGGUCAGUCCAAGCAGGUGACAGUUUGCUCGUUGAGCAUCGGAUUCCUGCGAAUGGCAAUGAACUGGGACGCCGAGCGUGACAACGAGAGGCUUGAUUUAUGGCUGCCGGGUCAAACAGAUCCAUACGCGAUUUCAUUGGUUAAGAGCUAUCGCGCGUUCUUCGUUCUGAAUUCUCUGUUUGCACUGGCAGACCGUCGGUACGUAGAGGAUGAGUGGCCUUUACUCAUCGACUGCAUCGAGAAGGGUAUCAUCCCGGAUGUCGAAAAUCUAGACCAUUUGCGAGCACCUUUGGAGAAACUGUUUAAGCUAAAUCCCCUUCGUGCUGCUGAACUUCGGGAAAUCGGGCUUCCUGGCAUCGAGGUUCGUUGGGAUCACCGGAGGUCCUGCUACUGCCUCCGUUCCAAGAUUAAUCACGCACUCGGACCUUCUGUCCCCACCCAGUCUCCUGGUUAUGGCAGCUCAGAGGGUGGUGUCGCCAUAACAUACCACGAAGGCGACCCCAAGACUGACUUUAAGGUCGUGUUUGUGGAUGUGAUCACCGAGUUUCUGGACGUACGUUCCAACGAGCCUUCGGAGCGUGUACUGUCCACUUGGGAACUUGCACCUGGAGGGCAUUAUGAGCCCGUCUUGACGACUCGCAAUGGCUUGUGGAGAUACCGCCUUGGAGAUGUCGUCAUUGUUAAAGGCUUCGCCCCAGAUGACGGAUUGCCUGUUAUCAGUUACCUUCACAGGCGAGAAGGCGGAUUUGUGAUGGCAUUCGGAACGACGUGCACUGAGUCGCAAUUGACGAAUGCGAUCGUCUCUGCCGCCGAUCGAUGUAUCGGCCAAAUCAUAGAUUUCACCAUUGUAGGCGACGACCGAGACACACCUAUUACUUAUGGGUACUUGAUAGAAAUUGGGGGAGCAAUAGGAAAGGAUGCAAGAAUGGCGAUGCAGCAAACUUUCGAAGACCUCAUGGCGGCAAACGAUGAGUUUCGCACUGCUUUCUGGCAAGGCCGAGCAAGAAAGCCGACCAUUCGUCUCUUGGAGAAAGGCACAUUUGGAGAGUAUCGCAGGCACAAAUGCGACAAAACAAACAUCUCGAUAUCGCAAGUGAAGGUUCCCGUCGUCCUAUCCGACCUUAAGUUUAGAGAAUGGUUCCUAGAAAGAGUUAUGCUUGAGCUGUAA